AGUUACUAAAAUGAUAACGUGUACCGCUAACCUUAUCAGUGGUGAUAAUAGGAUGAGUGUAGUUAGCACAUAAGUGUUUUUGUUUGAUAGUGCUAAAUCCAAACAUAGCGCGCCAGUCGUGAUUUAGGAGGUGUUGAGUGUGACAGUUGAGGUUAUGUCAUGGCUCACGACGAGGCAAAUUCCGAAGCCCCCUUGCACGACAGGCGGAAAAAUGAGUAUUACCGCAGUAUUUUCAACCGAUACGACUCCGACCAUGACGGUUUUAUUAACAUCCAAGAACUCAACAACAUGAUCGAAAGCAGGGAGUACGAACACGACAUUCCAGGACACGUGGUGAGGAAAAUCCACCAAAUGGCCGACCAAAAUAAUGACGACCGCAUUGACUUUACGGAGUUCGUGGACAUGAUUAACAACCCCGAUUUGCAAUACGUUUUUGGGCACUACGUAAACCGGUACAUUCAAAUGGUGGUACCCAGAAGGCCCGCACCGACUGAGAUAGACGGGCUAUAUGAAGAGCAGUACACUUGUUACCCCCCUGCGGUCGGUAUGCUCGUAAUUUCCAUAAUCGAAGUGAUUUUUUUCUGCGUUGAUGAAGCCAUUGACGCGGGGUCUACUAACACGGCAACGGGGCCUAUAAGUUCGACGUUCAUUUAUGACCCUUAUAGGCGAAAAGAAGCGUGGAGGUUCCUCACGUACAUGUUCGUGCACGUAGGGGCUUUCCACUUGUUUGUUAAUCUCUUAGUACAAAUUCUCCUCGGAAUACCUCUCGAAAUGGUGCACCGUUGGUGGCGCGUCUUACUCAUUUAUUUCUCAGGGGUGGUGGCCGGCUCUUUGGCCACUUCCAUCGCGGACCCGUCGGUCAAGCUCGCGGGGGCUAGUGGGGGCGUGUACGCGCUAAUCACAGCCCACAUAGCCACGAUAAUAAUGAACUGGAAGGAGAUGUCAUUUCCCAUCGUCCAAUUAUUUCUUUUUCUUUUGGUCACAGUGUCAGACAUUGGUACAGCCAUCUACAACCGGUACGUUUUGGAUAUGCAGGAAAAUAUAGGUUAUGUGGCUCAUUUUGCGGGGGCCGCUGCCGGUCUUCUAGUGGGGCUGAAUGUACUAAGGAACCUGGAGGUCACAAAAGCGGAGAAAAUCGUCUGGUGGGUCUCCAUUGUGACAUACGUAAUUUUAAUGGGGGCUGCUAUUAUCUGGAAUUUGGCAUGGCCGGCCUAUUUCCCGCAAGUUAAACAAGAAUAGUGGUCUGUCAAACUUGGACGUAUUACUAUUUUUAGUGACCAAUAAGAGGGCGUUGUUACGUCACGUGACGCGGCUCCUAUUGGUCGUCGUACAAAUCGAAAUGUCAUCCAAAGUUUGAAGUCUGAUCACGUACUUAGUGCCUUCGUUACACAUAUCUGACUAAUAUUCAUGAACAUAUUGUAUUGUAUUUUUGAAGUUUGACAACGUUUCAGUAUUUAUUGUUGUAUUGUUUUAAGGCAGGUUAUCUGUAUAUUUUGGAAUGAUAUUUUUUUGUAUAUACGACUUUUUUAUUUUAGUUGCAUGUACUCUGACAAUAAAAACUUAUAGCUAUAUUUUAAA